AUGAGUGCAUUCAGGCCCCUGUUAUCACAAACUGGUCGUAUGGCCACCAGGUCGAUUAGCGUCAAGAUCACCAUAACCUCGGAGACAGCGAACAGACGCCGUGCUGAUCUGUUCCUCGGAGAUGUAAAUUGCUUGUUGGUCCCACUGUUUAUGGCUGAGAACAUCCCCCAACAUUCGUAG